UAUAGAUAUAGAUAGUUAUAUAGAAAAUUAAGUAAAUUAAGUGCCUAAUUUCUGCUGUGUAGCCAGAGCCUUUAACGGCUGGCAGCUAGUAGGAAAUACCAACCCAGGAUUGUGGCGCUGCGCUGAAAGUAUUAGAUUAUACUGAACUAGCUGUUCUAGAUUUAAGUUAGAGCUAAGCCAGCGUUGAUAAUACUGAACUGGUGCAACUUUUAAGCUGCGUGGCUGAUCCUGAGCAGGUGCUAGCGCUUGCGCAUUUUCACCAUCAUGGGCAAUACUGAGCUAGUACUUUGCAAAUAAUUUGGAGAUUUCCUUGGUGCAUUUCCAGUGCGGGCAGUACCGAGCUAGUACUUUGCAAAUAAUUUGGAGAUUUCCUUGGUGUAGUUCUUGGUACGGAAUGGCUUCUGGUGGUGACCAGCAGGCAUCCUCCUCGGGUAAUCAGAUGGCAUCUUCCACAGGUAAUGGGGGCGCCCAAUUACCAUCCAUGCCCUGUGACCCCCAGGCCUUUGCUCAAUUUUUUAUGGCCUUUGAAACAUUUUAUAGACAGUGUAGGCCAGGGGCUCUGGCACUCCCAGCCCCGGAACCAUCACAGGUGGUAAUUCCCGAUACUCCUCCUAGUAAUCAGGGGCAGCAGGGUACCGCAGCAGCGGUCAGUGCCCAGUCUGAAACCACAACAGUGGGCCGCCCUAAUACCCAUGCCCAGUCAGCUAUUUCUAAGCAAGCAAUCCAAGGCGCUGGUAAAGGUAAGGCACCGGCAAAGGGUCCCGGCAAAGGGAAGGCGCCCGCUAAAGGGGCCAGCAACAAUUCCAUCUCACAGGUUGUAGGUAUUCCUAGUGCUUUUCAGGAACAGCGGCCUCAGCACAGCUCUACUGAAGACAGUGUGGGUUCCGGGUCGGAGGAAGAGCAGACGGAACCCCAAAUGGCCCAGCCACCGGCCAGCGUGAUCCCGUCCAGCAGUGAGGUGCAAGGGGGUAAGAGGAAAUCCAAGAAGAAGCACACGUCGGCAAAGAAGAAAAGGAGCAAGCAGUCAGAGACCGAGGAUGAAUCAGGUACGUCCUCAUCCGAAUCAGAUAGUGAGGGCUCCAUGGAUGGUUACUGGGGUUUUGGUGAAGGGAAUCACGGGAUCCCACUUUGGGCACAUGAAAGGAGAGCCAAUUCCCAUCGUAAGACUUUCAAUGGAGUACUGGACUGGAAGGAUGGGGCGUUGGUCGAGGAUGUAAAGGUUGCCACCAAUCAGUCCACUGAUUUUAUAUUGGGGAACCAUUUGUCCCAGAAGAAGAGGAAUAAGAUCCUCAACGGGGACUAUGUGGACAUGUUUACCCUUCUCCCUCCUACUAAACUAAUGGGAAAAGGUGAAAAGAGGCGCUCCUUUGGUAAGCGGAGGUACAGGACGCCUAGGGCGGAGCGCACCUUUGAGAAUUGGUUGGAUGGGUACCAGGUUUUCAUGGGUGUUGUUUGCGCUGCUUAUCCUCGGCGCUCCAUGGAUUUGGUUGCUUAUUUGGCUCAUGUGAGGCGGGCUCACUCGCUCGCAGGGGAAAAUGCCGCUUUAACAUAUGAUGAGAAUUUCCGUAGAAAUGCUUCUCUCCUGCCUUCCACCCGAUGGGACCUAACAGAUCCUAACUACUGGGGCGAGGACGUUAAUCCCUACAUCGAAAAGAAAAACCAGGAAUCAGCCAAGGCGGGUAAGACAGAGGCGAAACGGCACCGCCUCUGCUGGGAGUUCAACAGGGGUGUAUGCUCGAGACCCUCCUGUAAGUAUCUGCAUGAAUGUGAGCGGUGCUGGGGAAAUCACCCCGCCUCUGCGUUCUUUAAGAAUAAACAGCAGCCCUUUCGAGGGGGCAGGGGGUACUUCCACAACAACACCAGAGGUGCCCCCGGAUCCUCCCACCAGGGACCCGGUAACCGCCAGUAACUUGCAUCUUGGUCUGGCCUUCUCCCCUAUCCGUCUGCAGCCCCUCAAAACCCUGCUAGAUCAAUAUCCCGAUCAAAAAGCCGCACAAUACCUGUGGGAGGGGUUUUCUAAGGGCUUCAGAAUCCCCGUGGCUUUCCCCCCUAACACCGGGGAUCCACAAAAUCAAAAAUCAGUUAGGGAAAGACCCGAGAUAGUCAGAAAAAAGAUAGAGAAAGAAAUCAGGGCAGGUAGGGUGGCAGGCCCCUUCGCCAAACCUCCCUUGGAAGGACUUCACCUAUCCCCUCUGGGCAUUGUACCGAAAAAGACCCCAGGGGAAUUCCGCAUGAUUCACAACCUCUCUUACCCAAGGGGAGGCUCGGUCAAUGACGCGAUCCCCCAGGAACUUUGUACAGUGAAAUACGCCUCCUUUGACCAAGCAGUUAAAAUGAUUCGCAGAUUUGGGCAAGGGGCGCUUCUAGCCAAAUGUGACAUUGAGUCGGCGUUCCGCCUUCUUCCUGUCCAUCCAGCUGACUUCCGUUGGUUGGGCUUUAGAUUUGAGGGGGCAUAUUUCAUUGACAAGGCAAUGCCUAUGGGCUGCUCCGUGGCUUGCUCAGCCUUCGAGUCGUUCAGUACGUUUCUUGAUUGGGCACUACGCUUCAGGACGGGGUCGUUGGGCGUGUCGCAUUACCUGGAUGAUUUUAUUUUGGUGGCAGAUAACAGGCAACGAUGCUCCGCCCUCUUGGAGGCUUUCACAGCCCUGGCCAGGGAGCUGGGGGUGCUGCUAGCCGCCGAAAAAACGGAGGGUCCAGCCACCUCUAUGGUCUAUCUGGGCAUUGAGUUAGACACCGUGGCCCAGACGUCUAGGUUGCCCGAGAAUAAACUGAUCGCCCUUAAAGCACUGAUACAACAGCUACUGCCCCUAAGGAAGCUUACCCUAAGGCAAAUUCAAUCCCUGCUAGGCCACCUAAAUUUCGCCUGUAGGGUAGUGGCGCCGGGGCGCCCCUUUUGCGGCCGCCUGGCCAGAUUGGCUGCAGGUCUCAGGGCACCACAGCAUAGGGUGCGCCUCUCCAAAGAAGUCAAGGCGGAUCUGGGAGUUUGGUUACAAUUCCUCGACAAGUACAACGGUAUAUCCUUGUGGCAAGAUUCCAUGGCACUCGACGCUGAUUUCCAAGUUCAGUCAGAUGCGGCAGGUUCCUUGGGUUUUGGAGUUUAUUUCAGGGGCCAGUGGUGUGCCCAAAAGUGGCCUGCAGACUGGCAGGGCCAGCCCAUUACUCGGGACCUUACAUUCUUGGAAUUUUUUUCCCUAUCGUGGUGGCAGUGCAUCUUUGGGCAGAGCAGUUCCGCAAUCAUAGGGUUUGUUUCAACACAGAUAACCAGGCAGUAGUAGCGGUUCUUUCUAGACAGUCCGCGCGCUCCACCAGGGUAGGAAACUUGUUACGGUCCUUCGUCCUCCUGUGUUUGGAACAGAAUAUAUAUUUUUCAGCCAAAUUCGUACCUGGCAUUAAUAAUGACAUCGCGGAUGCUCUGUCUCGUUUUCAGAUGGAGUGCUUCCGCUCAUUAGCGCCGGAUGCGGAACAAUCAUCGAUGUCUUUCCCGGAGCAUCUCUGGAGCCAUGGGAGCAGGAAGUGAUGAAGGGAGUAUUCAGUGCAGUUGCCCCUUCCACAAUGAGAUCAUACAAGAAGGCUUGGGCUGACUUUUUAAAGUUCCGCAGCAGAAUGCCCAGCACAAGGCAGAAUUCCAUUCCCUCAACGAGGGAGGUCCUCCACUACUUAACCCAUCUGAAGGAGCUGGGCAGGGCACCAAAGACUCUCAAUAUUCAGUCCGCUGGGAUUUCCUAUUUUUGUAAAGCCUUUUUCGCCACUGACCCGUGCGUGGAAUUUAUCGUGCGUAAGACUUUAGAGGGUUGGCGCCGGCUGCAGCCCCCCAGCUCUGACAAGAGGAGGCCCAUAACUUAUGAUAUUCUGACCCAGAUACACAAAAAAUUAUGAGAAAUAUGCUGGUCAAAACAUGAAGCUCGCCUAUUCUCUGCCGCUUAUUCCAUAGCCUUCUUUAGUGCCCUGCGCAUAGGCGAGGUAGUCUGCGAGGGAGGGGUUGCCCACUGCCAGAGGGGCAUCCUCUUAAGUGAUCUGACCCUAUCAGGGACUGACCUAAUAGUUCAAGUACGGAGCUCUAAGACGGACCAACAGGGUAGGGGGGCCCUCCUUCGGUUACCAGCCGCACAAGCUAGUGGUCCCUGUCCAGUUAGGGAUACGAGGCGUUUCCUCUACUUAAGACCCAAUAGCCCCGGCCCCUUUUUUAUUCACGUGAAUGGAUCGCUCUUGGCCAGACAUCAGUUUACGCGUGUGAUGCGCAUGGCGUUGGCAGCAUGAGGACUGCCCGCGGCUGAAUUUGCGGCUCACUCCUUUCGGAUCGGGGCAGCUACCACUGCAGUGCACCUUGGGCUCUCCGCAGAGAGGAUAAAGGACUUAGGGCGGUGGAAAUCUAAUGCAUACAAAGCUUAUGUGAGAAAGAAUCUAUGACUAGCGAUUGUUCUCCUGACCUUGGUUUUUCUGUCUAUUUGCUUUUCAGAAUACAAGAGGGUGCGCAUUUGGUUGGUGGGCCACAGCAUCAUGCAUUGGGCCAAGAAUCGUGCCAUGAGUACCGGGUUGGGUCUAAACUUGAACUUGCCUGCAAAUGUGGAGCUGGCGUGGAUAGCAUGAAGAGGGAUGCGCUGGAGCGAAUUCAAGCCAGCUGUAAUGGCGAGAGCUGCCUCUGAGGGCCCACCUGAUGCCCUGGUUAUCCAGUUGGGGGGAAACGACCUAGCGUACCGCAAAGCUAUUGACUUGAGAUGGAACAUUUUUGACGAUUUUGCUGAUCUGAUGGCGGUUUACCCAAACAUUACUAUCUUGUGGUCCUCGUUGCUUGAGAGGAGGACAUGGAGGGAUUGUGUGAGCCCGGUUGGAAUCAAUAAAGCAAGAAAGGUCUUGGAGCGGGCUGUGGAACGUAGAGUGGCGGCUCUGGGCGGGUGUGUCAUAGGACACCCAGGCAUCCAGUACAGCAACGAGGCCCUCUACAGAUGGGAUGGUGUGCAUCUGUCAGAUGCUGGAAACGAUAUUUGGCUGGGGGACAUCAUAGCAGGGAUUAGGAGUUGGUUACAGGUUUGAAGGUAUUGGCGGCGAGCUUUGCUCGAGUGGCGGUUAGGCAUUGGCAGGGGUUUAUUGUUAUGCAAAUGAAUGGGGGGGAAGGAAGCGCCAUCACCUUCCCCCAAGGAAAGGGUAGUCCGGUAGAGGACUCCGGGGGGCGUUGCCUUGUCCGAAACCUAGGGAGGUAAGGGCCUCCGGCACGCCCCCGAGCGGUGACACCCGUGGGAUCCUAGUUGGCGUACUUCAACAGGACACCCACGUCUUGUGGAUAACCCUUCCCGGUCUCCAUGCCGGGUAGUCGAUAGGAGCCAAUGCCUAAGGCCAAUACCUUUCAAUUCUGUAAUCAAUAAAGUUGUGGCCUUUUUUAUGCCCAUUAACCUUAAAUAAUGUGUCCAGUGUCUUCAUUUCACAUGGGGGAGGGGACUUGCCACGCAACAGACACCUCAGAUUCCUAAUCCCAAACUCUCUCACACACGUUUUCUUCCACUUCAAACAAUGAGGAAGAAAGUACCGUCAUUCUAAACCUUAUGGAUUUUGUGCUGCUCAGUCGAGACAAAAGCAAUUCUUGUUAUAACAGUAAUACGCACCCUUCUCUUUCAUAUCUAUAUUGAGAUAUUCCCCAGCAGGGAAAACACAUCGAAUUGUAAUGUCCAACCUUAUUCCAUCUUUUCGAUAGCCUAGCAAUUCAUCCAUUCCCCCCAGGAAAUUGUACAGUUGUAAACAGGAUACAACUAUCCUGAAUGCUGUAAGAAGAAAUCAUAAAUUUAAAAUAAAGCUGCCUUCAGUUUUCUUAGAGACAUGUACUCACAGAAGAACAGUGUGAAGUUGAAAUCUCUGUUUGAAGGGGGGAAAUGCAGGCUUCACAUAGAGAAUUUAAAAUAUUUGCUAGCAGCAUUCAAAUGUUCCUGUUGGAUUUGAAUAAUAAUGCUGUAGCCCAAAGAGUUGGUGGCACUUACAGAAAAGAAAGUUUACAGUUCAUAUUCAGCACUCCACAGAUUUGUAGUGCAAUAAAUUCCCUUUAAAGUAGAAAACAUUGUGUUUUCUAUAUGCCUGAGUAAAUGUGAUUAGACAAAUUCACUCUCAUUAACAGAUGACUAAACUGAAGUUCUAGAUAAUGACUUUGCUUCCGCUCUGAACAUUCAGUCAUAACCCUUCCAACAGAGCUGGAGACAAGCUUAGCAAUUGUCAUUCAUUUCCUUGGGCAUAAUGCUAAACACAGAACACAGAAAUGGGUCUUGGAGAAGGGUGAAAAAUUAGGUUUAAUAGUGUAACUGUAAUAGAUGCUGAUUAAGGAUAGAAAUUGGGUGGUCAGGUAUUUUUAAAUGCAGUUCCCAAGGGAGAGGAAAUUUGGGAGGGCUUCAGGUGAAUAUUUGUAGGUUCUCAAAUACUGUUUAAUGUAAUACUUCUCCUUCCCUCCCUAUCUGAAGCAAAGGGCAAAAGCAGGGACACAGGCCUCGUUCACUCUCGCAUGGACACUGAACUUCUGCAGGGGGGAACCUGAGGUGUUCAGGGAGGCUCUGUGCACAAUUUAUAACCUUUAUCUUCCUGGGUGCAGACUCAGGAGACUACUCAGGUAGAAGUCUCCUUGGUGCAGAUGUGCAAGGCUGAAGCUCCACCAUGUGGAUGACUUUGCCCUCACUCUCCCCCUAAUGCCAUGGUCAUCAGAGGUGGUGGCAGAAUGACUGCGAUUUAUAGCAAAAUGGGACAUUUUUUCUAGAAGAGAGCUAUAGUCUCUUGACACCUAAAACAGAAUAGCAGCAGCAUGUUUCCAAAGCAACUGGAACACUUUAAAAACAAGGUGGUGUGCUUUAUUGAACAAACAAAUGUAUGAAAAUGUAUAACAAACAAAUGUAUGAAAAGUAAAAAUGAUAGUACAAAAAGAUAACAAUAUUCGCUAAUUCAUAUCACCGUACAUUCUUCUAACAGAUCCUAUGACUUCCCGCCACCCCACCAUGUAUUUAUAGCUUAACUUAUCUGAUACACUAUUAAUCUCUAUUUUCUUUUAAAUAAUAUUUGUUAAUAUUAUAUUCUCUUAUAUUUGUUCAUCAUUACACAGAAGUUAUUCAAAUGCUGCCAC